AUGGAGUUCAACAAAGGGAAGUGCCAAGUCCUGCCCUUGGGGAGGAAAACCUCCAUGCACCAUAGCAGGCUGAGGUCCGACCAGGUGGAGAGCAGUUUUGCAGAGAAGGACCUAGGGAUCCUGGUGGACGAGCUGAAUGUCAGCCAGAAAUACGCCCCUACAGCAAAGAGGGCCAACAGCCCCGCUCCCGGCAAGGCGGCCCCGGCGGCGGCGCCCGCGCAGCUGCUGCUCAGAGGCGACGAGCAGAAGAAGCGGGGCAGGAAGAAGCUGGUGGAGAAGGCGGCGCGGCCUAAUGGACAGUCUAUCCUUGAUGUAUCUGAAGAUGAAGUAAUACAGACGGUUCGUAGAGAAAAUGUAAAGCAGCCUUUGGAUGCAGAAAAGAAGAAUGAGAAGUCAAAGAAGAAAAAGAAAUCAAAGGGAGAUGCUAAAGCCGUUCAGGAUCCAUCACGUCUGGAUGGAAAGGAAGUUGAUGAAGGAACCUGGGAAACUAAAAUCAGUAACAGAGAAAAGCGACAACAGCGCAAGAGAGACAAGGUGUUGACUGACACCGGCUCGGGAGAAUUGAAUCUCCAAGGAAUGGAAAAUGCCGUUACUGUUUCCAUUGAACAACUGGUGCCUGCACCUUCGCUUCCAGUUGGUCUCAGAAAAAAUAAAGGUGACACRCUUCUGAAUGUGCAACUUAGCAACUCUAAAACCACAAAGGGAGAGUCAGCCAUUCCACAAGUUUCUGCAGGGUUGAAUGAAAGCCAUACUGUAAAUGGAGGAAGCUGGAACGAGAAGCCCGUAAAAAUCUCCUCGCAAAUUGGUGUAGGGGAAGAGAAAUGGACAUCUGUGUCCUCAGCUACAGCUGGGAAGAGGAAGACAGAGACAUCGGCCUGGGGCCAGGAUGCUGGGGAUGCUAAUGGCAAUGGAAAGGACUGGGGCGUCGCCCUGGUGGGCAGGCCCUGGAAAGAGCGUUCUUUGUUCCCUCCUAUUGYUGCUUGGAAUGUGGAUGCCAGGAUCAAUACCUCUGAACAGAAUUCUACUUCCUUCUCUUCGUUUGGAUUAACUCCUGGAGUAUCUGGAUCCAACAAUGAGUCAGCUUCUCAGGCUGCUACUUCUGAUUUUCAGUGGGAUUUAAGUCAUGCUCAAGCCCCUGUUGAUGACGAAUGGUCUGGGUUAAAUGGACUUUCUUCAGCUGAUCCCACCUCCGACUGGAAUGCACCAGCAGAAGAGUGGGGGAAUUGGGUAGAUGAAGAAAAAGCUGCUUCUGUUCCACAGCCUGAAGAGGCAUCAUUAGAUGUUCAGAAGGCUUCAGAUAAUGAAAGAGAAAAAGCAGACCCACUUCAGAGCUCUGCAAGUGGGAAAUCCAAGAAAAAGAAGAAGAAAAAGAAGAAGCAGGGUGAAGAGGCUAACUCUCCUGCAAAGGACACUGAAGAACUGGACAGAGAAGCUGGAGAAGAAUUUCGUGAGGAUACCUCAAAAGCUCAACCACAGCAGGAAAUAGCUUUCUCUUUGAAGACCAUAAGUACUAGUGAACCAGCUAAGCCUGAGGAGGCUCCUUCGCUUGCUGUUUCUCCUGAGCCAUCUGUAAUYGUAUCCGAAAGUGAUUCUGACAAGAUCACUUCCCAAGUGCCGCAGAUGCUGCAAGAGACAGAUGUUUCUAGUCCUAAUAUUAAGCAAAACAGUGUGCCUCCUCCACAGACAAAGUCUGAAGAAAGCUGGGAAUCCCCCAAACAAGUUAAAAAGAAGAAAAAAGCGAGAAGGGAAACGUGAAUUUCCCCAGAUGGACAUGUGUUGCAGAAUACUGUCAUGAAGAUAAUGCUGUUUAUGCAAUAAUUUGUGAACAUGUACAGAAUUUUAUAUAAAUUUCAACCAAUUUUUAAAAACAGAACUGCUGUGAACACAAACAUCUUUAAAAAGGAAUCAAAGGAAAGUAACUUUAUGAUAUAGAAAACAGAACACGCUACAUUUGAAAGACAUUCUGAAGAGUCUGUUUUUUCCAACUUACGGAGAGAGAUCUUAAUUAAAAACUGGUUUUACAACACAGUGCCCUGUUUACAACAGAUUAUACUCUCAUCUACAGCUGCGAAUAAAUGAUUAAUUUUAAGGGUUUUCUGUAAAAUAUUGUCUGUACAAUAGUGGGUGUUUCUUGCCUCUCUUCGGAGUGAUGCAUUAGAAGCACAGAAUGUCUACCAUUUGAAUUUGUCUCAUGCCUAAAUCAAAGUGCUUUGAUUAAUACGUAAUCUGCCAUAUCUUUAUAGUAAGCUGGUUAGCAAGCUUGCUAGCUAUUAAAGGAAUCACAAGUGCAAAUCAUUAACUAUUUGUACAGUCAAACCUUCGUGGGUUAUUAUAUGAAGUUAACAAUAAAACUGCUUUGGGUUAAAAGUUUGAGAAUGUGAUUUGAAACUUGAGUAUGGUUCAUGAAGUUAUUUUUGAUAAUGUCUCUUACCUUACUUGAAUUGUUGAAAAUAGCAGUAUAUUUUUAAGAACACAGUAGUGUGCAUAAAAUGAGGUUUUCUGCUUCAUUCCCUACAGAUCUUGAUUCAGGUUCCCACUUAAAACGGUACCCCUUUAACUUUAAAUCUCAUGGCUAAAUUUAAAUCAAAUGUCCCUUCUCCUUAGCAUUUAUUAAUUUACUGAUUUACUGCAUCCAAUUCUGUUCUGUGUUACCAAAACUUCAAAAACACAAGGUUUCACUCUCAAAUUAUAUCAAAUUUAAAAACUUGUGGAAGAAUUGGAGUGACUUCAGACAGCUUUAAUUGACAUUGUCUAGAGCAGUUAGACCAGUUAUCAGGAAUACUUUUUUUUUUUCUGCCUUAACCUCUACUAUAGAGAAUGUGUCUAGACUUUGGACAGGUUUUUAUCCAAAAAAAAAAAAAAAAAAAAAAAUCAUGCAAGUAUAGCAGUUGUAAAAUAAAGACCAUUUCCCAUUUGAAACUGUUGAUUGAAAUGGUGUUUUAAGGUGUGUUGCCAUUUUCAAGCACUGUGUAAUUACAUGCUAGCAAACUGGCGGGUGCGUUUGUAUCUAUAUGGUGCAUGCUCAGCCGUGUACAUUGUAUAUAGCCUUGAAAAAAAAAAUUGUUUCAGAAGGAUGGUAAUUAACAUUACCUGUUGAAUUCUGUUAAAGAAGAGCCAUGAUAUUUUUUAGAUGGUUGCCUUUGGGUUUUGUGGCACGAGCAGAACUGUUAACAGCUGUAGCACGUGGUAGUGUAGAUCGGGAAUCUUCUUUUAUCUUACUGGGCUUGACUGCAGUUCAGCAGUAUUGUGAGGCAGGGAUAGUUUAUGAAACAAGCUGGGUUUAACUGUACGGAAAAGGCACCUUGMUGUUGGGGAGCUUUCCUAAUAAAUGGAUACUAACUGGCCCAGGGCUUCACCCCCUGUGCAUCAGGAGUAUGCUUAGGUGUUCAGAAGUUUUGUUUAAUUCAAUGACUUUCUAAAUCAACUUGUUAAAAUAAACUGAGCAUAUUGACAGUAUUGAUUUAUUUACUUGGGAGGGAUUAAUGCCUAAGAUGAAGACUCGUCAGGAUUUAUGUAAACUAUAUUUGGAACUGAAGUACAGUUUUCAWGGAGUAUUAAAUGCAAACACAGAUUGAAUAUUACAGAAUCAUGCAGAGCCCCUUCUUGUAAAUAGUAAUUUCAUUUUGUUUAGUUCUUUCUCUGUAAAGGUAAAGCAAAAUACCCUUUGAAUUCAGGUUUGUAAUAUAUGUCCAAAAUGUCUGUGUAUUGUGCUACAAGUCUCUUUUGUAGAAAACUUGAAGAUCUUAAGUAUGAAAGACCGCCCUCGAGAGCUUUUGCUGCAUAAAUCUUGUCUCUUGAAGAUAAAAUUGGUGAUAGUAAUUGGUUAGUAAGCUCAAACUCUUGAAUAGCUUGUCAAAAAACUAGCUAACAACAUAGGAAACCUGCUAAUAACAUACUCCUAGGCAGCAGCAUAUAAGUGCGUAGCCUUCCUUUCAAAAUGUUGUUACCUAUUUAGCAGAACCUCUUGUUUUUGUUUUGUUCUUUUUUAAAAAGAAAAAAAAAAUUGUGUAGCUUCAAUGUCCUAGAAAGCUAUACUUGCUUUAUUUGACAUUCAUUAAAGAGCUAGUAACUAUAUAGCAUAUGGUCUCUAAGCAGAAACUUGGUUAUCUGUGUACUGUCAUGUUUCUGUGACUAAAGCAAUGGUUAGGCUCAACGAUACACUGAAUCCAGACUUUGGUACUUGGAUAGAAAGGCAAAACACCGUUUAAAGAGAAACCUACAAUUAAAAUUUUUUGCUGUUGUUCAGUGCAUGGAAUGGCUUCAUAAAUCCAGUAUAUUGUUUUUUUAAAUACUCUGAAAUGAUUUGUAUGCGUAAUUUAAACUUGUUGUGAUGAUGUGUAAUUGGAUAGUCAUGACAUAUUUUUAUUUCUUUGUGGGGAGGGAGAGGUGUAUAGAACUCAUAUGUGCUUGUUACAACGUUAACCUGUGCAUUGGUUUGGAGGGGGAUGAAAACUGUAUUUCUGAUCUCCUUUUAGAAAUCUAAAGGGAAAGUGCAAGAUAAAAAGCACUACUUUAAUAUUUACUAAGAAAGAAUGUACAUAUUAAAAGCAUUUCAAACUUUAUACAAAUACAACUCGUAUUGUUGUGUUUGUGACAGAGUUGUAUCUCACUGGACGCUGCUUUCUUAGGAGUUCCCUAGCCGUGGGAUCAGCCUGUGAAGUAAGGCUUUGGGUAAGUGCAGUAACAUGAGCAUGCACCGUUUUAAGGAGCCUUCCCAAUGUUAUUAGUCAAAUCAUUUUGUCUUUAGAUGAGUUGAGCAGGACUCUGGUCAAGAUUUUGGUGUUAAAAGCUAUUAGACACUUGCAGCUGUCUGUACCUCUGUUUUCUUCUGGAGAAUCGAGUAUCCCUGAAGUGCAGAAUUUCUUUUUUCCAAGCUGAUACUGAAGGAUUCCUGUAUUAUUCACUAGGAAAAGGUUAAAGGCAAUGACUUCAAACUGGAGUUGUGUUUUAAAAUUAAUGUUGCAUAUUUUAGUGUAAGAAUUCAAAGUGAGUUGCUACAGGUAAGAACCAAGAGCACUGGCUGAGUAAAUUUUGGGAGGGGGAAAAAAAGGACCUGAAAGGCUUCCAUGGCCCAUAGUUCUUAAAAUAAUAUGGAAUGGCUGUGUCCUUUACUCCUUUAUGGGAUUGAAACUGCUUCUAGUUGGAUGUGGGAGAAAUCUCAUUUUGUUAGACGAGGAAGGUGUCUUUCCUGAAUUGUGUAGCUUGUUGCCGUUAAUGAUUCAUGGACUGUGCCAAUUAAAAGUUGUCUGGUUUCCACGUAGAAUGUUUCUCCUUCUGAUUUCUCAGAGUUGGCAUGUUUCCCAUGUUACUCUGGCUAAUUGUACCAAACUGAAGAUUUCUAGUUCAUUGAAAAUUACUUUCUUUUCUGAAACCAUGGGGACUUUAAUUUUGAUUGUUUUGGAAAAGAAUGUGGAAAGUUGAACUCAAAACUCUUAAUAUGAAACUGCUAGUUUCAGGGUUUCAUACAGUGUUCUUAAAAGAACAUGCUUAAGAACAUCUACAGUUUGAAGCAAGUAGAAGUAGCAUCAAGGGACCUCUUGAUUGGCUCUAGUAUUUCUAAAGUGAGACCACUCAGAACUAGAUUGUCCCAAUGAACUCAUGAAGCCGGCCAGCAUAAGCAGGUCCGUAUUUGCUCAGGAAGAGUCUCUUACACACAGAGUAUUUCCCCUUGGCUAGAGUAGUCAGCAGAAUCUGACUUGAAGUUAACUGGUCCCUUCUUGUUCCAAAUGUCUAGUGAAGUAUAAAUCAAAUAGYUGGUCACUUUGCGCUUUGAUUUCAGAGACCUUUCUUAAUGCUAAAUGCAGCUCAAAUCAUGAGGCCCUGAAUAGGGGACAACUGCCCUUUGAAAUGAUACUGGACUUGCCUGCUGCUUAUUACAGCCAAACUUUAAGUGGUCRUUUGUGGAGUCAUGCUGUGGUGUCAAAGCAGAAAUCAAUCUCCUUCCAAACCCUAGCCAGUUCACUGAAAGGAUGGGAGCUCUAUCAACUCAUGGUCCUGCUGCUUUUGAGGGCUGUUAAGUGGUGAGGUGUGCAUCCAGAAAAGAGAUACAUAACCUUUGUGUCUGCUUUUGGAAGCCUGCAAGCAGUGUUAAAGCAUAGGCAGCCUUGCAUUUUCACCUUUCAAAUUACCUGCACAUUGUACUAGAAAAGGACUGCAGCCGGGUGCUGAAAAUCACUGCACAGUUAAGUUCUCUUCAGCAUCUGCCUUUGCUUGAAGUUCAAAUAUGACCCAGAUCUGGCUCUUGUUUGACUGCACUGCAAUAAGAAAGUGAUUAGUUUAAUGCCCCCAUUUGGUUUGAGGACAUUAAUAAUCUGUGGAUACUAAAACCAGCAGCUUUCCUGUCUGAAUGGGGGGGUAUUUCUCUCUAAAAGGAGGGGAGAGGGGUGGUCUGUAGAAUUUAUGGAAAAAGUCCAGAUCAGGUCCCAUAUUGCAGCUUUUAAGUCAUCGUGACUUAGAUGUGCCUUGUUUCUAGAUUGUGUUUAAUUGUUUUUUCUACUCCUAGUUAUUUUCUCUGAAUUACAUGUGUGAACACUAAUGGGAUCUUUCCUUAAACAUUUCCACACGUUAAAAAAAGAAAGAAAAUACUUUGCAAAAAGCUCAGAAAAGCKCAGUGUAUUUAGUUCGUUUUUUCUGUACCUGUGCCUGUACCUGACCUGCAUGCCCAGAACUCCUCAGCAUAUCCCAUGUGUGGCUGUGCCAGUGUCACUGGUACCAACCACUCUCCCUUUGUGCUACCUGGCAAAAGGACUGCUUAWAAUAGUAAAUCCAUACGUCCAUAACCAUUCAUACCUUGUCAGCUGAGACCUUUAAGGUAUCUAACACAAGAUGAAACUUAUAUUUUCUCUGAUUUGAUUAAUC